AUGAAAUCGACUUUUACUCUUGUGACACUUAUGUGUCUGUCCCUUCCGAUUACCGCCAGUCCCGUUGCCAGAUAUAAGGCAGAAAAGAGAGUACUCUCAGACAUAGGGUGCUAUCUAUGUAAACCAGGACCUUGGUCAGUUGCCCCAGACUGUACCGCCAGUAAUAGUGCCCUGAUCAGCAGUUUCAACAACCCCCCCAAAACUAUAAAAUUCGACCCGUCUGAUUUCUGCUCUCAUUUCCUGCAGCCUUACACCUACAAAAUAUCCCCCCAGAUUAUAACUGGGGUCUUCACAGAUGUUUCAAGAGUAACGGUACAGGCAACAACGACAACCACGGAUGUCUCCCAACCAACAGUCACUAUUUACUGCCCGAUCAAAAAUGAUGAUGCAACUUGUGGAAUCAGCGCAGAUACUAUAGAUCCCACGGCCAUGCAAGAGGAUUGGGCGUCCAGUCCACCAGUAAACGAUCCGAAAGAUUGCCACCAGACGUGUCUUUCACUUCCUCAUUGCAAGAGCUACCGGGUUUCCGAAUUCAUAGAUCCUAAAGGAUCGUGGAACUGUGAUAUCUUCCGCAUUGCCUUAGGAAAGGACGGAAAGAAUGUGCCUGGUGGCAGGCCAGGUGAUCAGUUUUUUGACCGGGACUGUCCAGAGCACGUGCCAUCACAGUGUGGACCACAAAAGAGAGCCUUUGAUAAGGAUAUUCAUAGCCCAGCAGCGGCGGUCAAAGCUCCAGCAGUGGCGGUUAUAACUCCAGCAGCGGCGGUCAUAACUCCAGCUCCAGUGCCUCGGGAUGCCGCAGCACAGCUGCAGGGUCGAGAUUGGACCCUGCCAGACUACCUGUCAUCCACUUGGGGGUUCGACAUUGGCCCAUAUUGGAUCUAUCAAGCUUGUUCUUGUGUUAUAUCGUCCCCACUACCGAUGCUUUCCCUCCCGUCUAAGGCGACUUACUAUUCCUACACGGCUACAGUGAAAACAACAACUACAACAACACAGACAAAAACUAUAUAUACCGAGGUCCAUCACACCACGGUAUAUACGAGCAUCGCAUAA